AUGUACGACGCCCUAGUCCUCGGAGCCGGAGUCUACGGCCUGUCGAUCGCGACCGAGCUCACGAACCGUGGCCUCAAGGUUGCGAUCGUGGCCCGCGAUCUGCCAGAGGACGACUUUAGUGUUGGCUUUGCGAGCCCGUGGGCCGGGUGUAACUGGUGCACGUUUGAGGAGAGGGGUGACACGCCCGCGGCCGAGUGGGACGCCAUCACGUUCAAGUAUCUCGGCAGGUUGGCUGAGGAGCACCCGAACCUGUGUAAGCGGAUUCCGUUUGUGGAUCUGUGGCCGCAGAAGAAGCCGACGCCAUGGUUCAAGGGACUGGUGUUUAACCUCGAGGACAUUGAGGGGACGCCCGACAAGCCCCUUCCAGGAGGGUACAAGCACGGCGCUUCGUACGAGUCGUACAUCCUCCAUGCGCCCAACUACAUGAAGCACCUAGCGGCCGGCCUGCGCGCCCGUGGCGUGCCGUUCAUCCGGCGUCGCCUAGCCUCUCUGGAUGAGGCAUACGACCUCCCCGAGACCGGCAGCGUCGACCUUGUAGUCAACGCGCUCGCGCUCGGCAACAAGUCGCUCCUCGGGGUUCUGGAUGACAAGAUGUACCCCGCUCAGGGCCAGACUGUGCUCGUCAAGGCGCCGCUCGUGAACACAUGCACAAUGUCGACUGGGGCGUUGGACAAGACAGGUCCUGCUACCAUGUCCGAUGGCGAGCUGAUUGCGUACAUCAUCCCCCGCCCCGGUCCCGAGGGCCACGUAGUCUGCGGCGGCACCUACAACAAGAACAACUACUCUACCCUGCCCUCCCCUACCGAGGCCGAGCGCAUCCUCAAAGACUGCUACGCCCUCGACCCCCUCCUCGCCGGACCGGACGGCAAGUCGUGGCGCGACAUCGAGGUCGUCGCGCACAAUGUUGGACUCCGGCCUUCGCGAGAGGGUGGGGUUCGCCUGGAACUGGAGGCGCGCGAGGUUGGCGGGCCGGCCAACGGGCUGGUGCCCAAGUCGCGGGCUACCAAGCGCCGUCCCGUUGCUGUUGUUCACGCAUACGGGCCCGGCGGGACGGGAUACCAGAGCAGCGUGGGGCUUGCGCAGAAGGCUGCUGAUCUUGUGGUCGGACACCUGCGCUCAGUGCCUGCUGCUUCGCGGCUCUAA